AUGUCUCGUGAGGGUUUUCAGAUCCCAACCAACCUAGAUGCCGCCGCUGCGGGUACUGCUGCAGCCAGGACUGCCACUUUGAAGUACAUCUGUGCGGAAUGUUCGGCAAAGCUGUCGCUUUCUAGAACCGACCCUGUCCGUUGCAAAGAGUGCGGUCAUCGUAUUCUACUUAAGGCACGUACCAAGCGUAUGGUGCAAUUUGAAGCCCGCUGA